AUGCAAGAAAAGGAAGAAAAAGAAGAAAAUAAUAAUAAUAAUAAUAAUAAUAAUAAUAAUAAUAAUAAUAAUAAUAAUAAUAAUAAUAAUAGAGGAGGAGGAGGAGGAGGAGGAGAGGGAGGAGGAGAGGGAGGAGGAGAGAGAGGAGGAGGAGGAGAAGAAAUAGGAAUAGAGGAAGAAGAAGAAGAAGGAUAUAAGGGAGGAGGAGAAGAAGAAGAAGAAGAAGGAGAAGAAGAAGAAGAAGAAGGAGAAUAUAAGGUUGAGGUAGAGGUAGAGGAGGAGGAGGAAGAGGAAGAAACAGGUUAUCCUCCUCCUCCUCCUCCUCCUGCUGCUGCUGGUGCUGCUGCUGCUGCUGCUGCUGCUGGUGCUGCUGGUAGUGUUGGUACAUAUCAAGAGGAACAGCAGCAGCAACAAGGAGAUGUAACAGCAGAGCAGCAAGAUGAAUUGCAGCAGCUACAGGAACUGCAGCAACUGCAGCAACUGCAGCAGCAACUGCAGCAAGAAGAACAGGCAUUGCAAUUAGAGCAAGAAAGACUUAUGCAAACAGCAGCAGAUAGCAAUCAUAUUCAGCAGCAGCAGCAGCAGCAACUGCAGCAGCACCAGCAGCAACAGCAGCGGGUAGAUCACGUUUCUGGCGAUCUAGCAUAUUGUGGGGAAUAUGCAGCAGCAGCAGCAGCAGCAGCAGCAGGUCGUCCAUCAACAGCAUCAACAGCAGCAACAACAGGAGCAGCAGCAGCAACAGCAGCAACAGCAACAGCAGGAGCAGUAGGAGAUGAAGAAGGAAGAUCUAAGGCAAGGAAGCGUCGUCGUGCUGCUAGUGGUGCUGCUGCUGCUGUUGCUGCUGCUGCUGCUGCUGCAUCAGAGAUAGCAGCUGCUGCUGCUAAAGGAAGGAGGCUAAGAGAUAGCUGCAGCAUAUAUGGUGCAGCAGGAAAAAAGGGUAGUAAUAAUGCAGCAGCAGCAGCAGACAAUCCCUUGAGCGGGGAGACCAAAGCUGUCCUCGACUCCCUUCAGUGUGCUGCUGCUACGAAUCCCGAAGCAGCAGCAGCAGCAGCAGCAGCAGCAGCAGCAGCAGGAAUACCCUUUCAGUGUACAGUAGGUUCUGCUGGUCUUGCUGCACCUGUUGGAGAUACUGCAGCAUUAGCUGCAGCAGACAUACAGCAGCAUCAGCAGCAUCAGCAGCAGCAGCAGCAGCAGCAGCAGCAGCAAAUAGGUGGUGAUUUAUGCGGCCAACAUAUACUUUUGCCGGAUGAGCUCCACCACCUUCAUCACGCCCAUCAUCAUCAUCACCAUCAGCAGCAGCAUCAGCAGCAGCAGCAGCAGCAGCAGCAGCAGCAGCAACAACAACAGCAGCAACAAGAAGAUGGAUAUUGUUGCGAAGAAUAUAUAUUAUUAAUAAAAGAAAUAAAUGAAUUAAAAAAUCAAUUAGGGGAGAUUAAUUUAUGUAGGGAGAGUACAUACACUAGAUUAAUACAAUUAAUUAAUAUAAAUAAUAAUAAUAAUAAUAAUAAUAAUAAUAAUAAUAAUAAUAUAAAUAUAUAUAUUAAUAAUAAUAAUAAUAAUAAUAAUAAUAAUAAUAAGGAUAUUGAUGCAGCAAAGGCAGACUAUGAUGAACUAACACAGCAGCAAAUAAGGAUGGAGCAGCAACUGCAGAUACUUAAUCAGCAGCAGCAUUACCAUUUACUGCAGCACAGGGCACAAAUUAUACAGCAGCAGCAGCAGCAGCAGCAGCAGCAGCAGCAGCAGCAGCAGCAGCAGCAGCAGCAGCAGCAACAGGGACAACAGGAACAAGAACAACACCAACAAGAUACACAUAAUACAACAAAUAUCUUGCAACAAGAAUUGAUGCAACAUGAACAGCAGCAACAGGAACACGAACAGCAGCAACAGCAACAGCAGCAACAGCAGCAACAGCAACAACAGGAACAGGGGGAUGUUCUUAAUGAACAAGAUCUGCUGCAGCAAAGGGUUCUGCAGCAAAGGUUGCUCCAGCAAAGAGUGCUGCAGCAGCAACUCAUACAGCAGCAGCAACAAUUCAUUCAGCAGCAGCAGUUGCUGCAACAGCAACAGCAACAGCAACAGCAACAGCAACAGCAGCAGUUGCAACCUCUUGCUGCUGCUGCUGCUGCUGCUGCAGCAGCAGCAGCAGCAGAACAGUUCCCACAGCUUGGGCAUGUUGCUGCUGUUGCAGCAGCAGCAGCAAACCCUGCAGAUGCUGAACACCAACAGCAGCAUCAACAGCAGCACCAGCAGCAGCAGCAGCAGCAGCAGCAACAGCAGCAGGCUUUCUAUGCGCAGCCUACAUUUUAA